AAAGCAUCACAACCCAACGCCAAAACGCGACACUUCCCACGGCUCCAAUGCUUGAACUCAACUCUAAAUCAUCCAUUAGAAUCAAUCGCACAUAUCAUGAAACAUCUCGACACCGAACUGCAUUCGGGUCAUGACUUCAGCGUCCGCUCAUCCCGCAUGACGUCAUGUACGAUCAACUGCGCCAUCAGUUAAGAUGAACACCCGUUCGUCAUCUCCAAAGGAUAUCCAUCUAUCUUGUCUUGUGUCAACGUACAUCUGAUCUGAAGUGACAGAGUCGAUAGGAGAACGGCCUGUUCCUCUCGGUUGUAUAGCAAUACUGUGUCGCAACUGCACUUCAAGGAAGGCGCAUUCCUGCUUGGUUCUAUUCAGUAACAGCUACGGAUUGCCCCGCCCAAUAAGCUGAUUGUACAGCUUUGGUGAAUAAGUAUAUCUCAACGGACGUCGCCAUGAUGAACCGAAAUCUUUCCAUCCGAAAGAAGGAACCAGCCCGCCACCGCUUCAGCAUGUCCACCUUCCGCGGUCUGCAGGCGCCCGAGCUGAGCAAGAAGAUGAGCCGCAUCGUCAAGCAAGAGAACUCGGCCAUCUCAGCCCACGAGGCAGCCGGCCGCGAGCGCCUCAACAUCGCCGCCCAGCUCUCCGAAUGGGGCGAAGGCACCGAGGAUGACGCCGUCUCUGACAUUUCCGACAAGCUCGGUGUGCUGAUGGCGGAGAUCGGCGAGCAGGAGGAUAACUUCGCGCAGAGCCUGGAGGAUUACCGGAGUAUCUUGAAGCAGAUCCGGGAUACGGAGAGCUCGGUGCAGCCGUCGCGCGAUCACAGGGCGAAGAUCGCGGAUGACAUUCAGCGGCUUAAGCUGAAGGGGGAGCAGAGUAAUGCCAAGGUGGAAGUUCUGGAGCAGGAGUUGGUGCGGGCCGAGGCAAAUAAUCUGGUUGCUGAGGCUCAAUUGACCAAUGUGACCAGACAGAAGCUCAAGGAGGCUUUUGAUAUUCAUUUGGCUGCAGUCAUUGAGCGCGGAGAGAAGCAGAUUCUGCUUGCGCGUCAUGCUCGCCGUCUCCUCAACUACCUCGACGACACCCCAGUCGUCCCUGGUGACACACGACAGCCCUAUGAGCAUGCCGAUGAAGCAAGGCAGAUCCUUGAGGCUGCCGAGAAUGACCUAAAGUCUUGGGAGAGCACCGUCGAACCCAUCCAUACCUCUGCGGGAGAGACCCCUGGCACGACUCUACUGCCCGCUGGAGCAGGUAGAGGCCAGGAAGCUGCCGGGUCUGGUUCAACUGGGGCCGCUGGUAAUGUCAACGAGACUGGCACCGACGGCGCCACACGCGAAAAGUCGGAUGAGCAACAGGUCUCAGGCGCUACCGGAACGCAGCCCGUUGCUGUUCCGUACUAAGAAACCAGAAGAAAGCAGAUAGGUACUCUUUCAGGGUAGUGUCCUAGUUCGCCAGUUUUUACUUUGUAACAUGAUUUGAUAUUGGAUGGGAUGGUCAUGGGUAUAUGGAUUUAGUCGGAGUCUAUAGGAAACUUUCAGGUCUGCUGCCGUGGUAAAUGAUUUCUAACAAAAGAAC